AUGGCGCCAACCAGCGUGGACGACCUGUGGAUGCGCGCGUUAGCCGAGUACGAGGAGGAGACAAGAGUCGAGCUGAAAUCCAGAACGAACAUGUUCCAAAAGAUCAUGGCGUAUUGGAGGGGAGAGGCUGGCAGCGCGCAGUCCGAGUCCGCGAUGAGGGCAACAAGCACAAGCCUGGUCGAUUAUCUCGUGCAAGAAUGCUCAGACUUCAAGACGGCAAGACACGGCAACGGCGUCAUGGACAAGACCCGGAGCGUUCUCUCCAGAAUAUCGGUCCCUCUGAGGUCGCUGGCGCCCACUGCCGGCAAUGCUGCCAGCGCUGCCUUUCCUGCUGCCCCCGUGCUGAUGGUCGUCUUCACCCACAUACUCGGCGCGUGUGCUCGCCUGAGCGACGACUUGGACUCGAUCGAAAAGCUUUUCGAAGUCACCAACCACUUCCUCGACCGCCUGCGCCAGCUCGAGGGCAAGCUGCCGCCCGAUACCGUGUACCAGGAGCAGGUGACUCGAGUCUUUUGCGCCGUCUUGGCCUUUUGUACCAGGACGCACAAGCUUGUUGCGCCCCCCAAGCCGUCUAGCAAGAUAAGCAAGAGCUCCGAGCCGGCCAGGCCGCGCGUGAAGAGGCUGAGUGCAUGGUUCAAGGCAAUGGGCCGAGAGGGAGGGGACCAAAAGCUCAAAGAAGCCUACGAGAAUGUCAUCAGGGCUCUCGCCGAUCUAGACUCGGCCACCAUCAUGCAGACACUGGCUUCGGCCAUGGUGAGCCUCAAAGGCGAAUUCAAGGGAUUCACACGGCUCUGGGAGACGCCCAUCGAGCAGCAGGCCACGCUCCUGAGGCAAAUGAUGGCCAUGCUCAAGCGCCUCGAUCACCCGGCCAAGCCGAACACGGUAAUGGAGCAGCGAGGAAAGCCCGGCGAGAUUCCCCGACAGGACAAGGUCAGCCGUCUCGACAACUUGCCCAAGGUGGAUGGUCCCGACCCCAUGGAGCGCGAGUCCCAGACGCUCGAGUCCAUUGCUCACAUCCUAACGGUCGGCGUCGAGAGCCAGGUGGCGCUGCGCCUGGGAAUUCUCGAGCAAUCCCACGUCCCCGGCAUAUUCGACCAGAUCAAGCGCAGGGACGAGUACCGAAACUUCAUGUCAGACAAGGAGCGCCUCUUGUUCGUCGGCGGGGCCUGCGGCAUGGAGAAGAGCAUGCUGUCGUACUCGAUCUACAAGGACCUGCUAGACGAGUUCAGCGACAAAAGCUCGACUUCGGUCGUGUACUUUGCCUUUGACGACGAGGCGCAGGGCUUGCAGUCGGUCCAGAACAUGCUUUGCUACUGCGCCGUGCGGAUUGCGAACCAAGAUGACGCGUACUCGAACGAAGUUCUGGACCUGAUCCGAGGUGGCACCAAGGCCGAAGACGACCUUGGCCGCAACGCGUGGGACAGGCUUUUCCGCGAGCGGCUCGACCCCGAAUUGAAGACGGCGAGGAGUCUGGUCGUGAUCCUCGAUGGCGUCGACCAGCUGCCAGCCGAGGAGCAGAGGGUCUUGGCCAAGCAUCUUUUAUAUUCCCAGGCGUCAAAUCUCCCCAUUCGCUUCCUCCUGGCCGGGGAGUCGGAGAACUUGGAAUCGGAACCGGAUCCAGAGAGAGCAGUCGAGGUUCCAAAAGGUCCCGAUGCCCUGGCCGUGGAGAACACGCUGUUCACCUCUGUUGUCUUGCCGGGAGUCUGGGCGACGCCGGAAGCGGGUGAGGGCAAUCUCCCUCACACUCUUCGAGGGGCUACCAUCGUCCUCGACCGAAACAUUAUACGCGACGAAAUAAGGCGAGUUGCCCAAAGCCGCAUCAAAACCCUUCCGGGACUCUCCCAUCUUCCACACUGGCUGAAGACCAAUAUCGUCAAGAAAAUGAGGGAAAAGGCCGACAGCUUCCUCUACGUCGAGCAUACACUGCGCCGAUUCAACGCUAUCGGGAACUGUUCGCUCCUGAACGAAUGCCUACAGCACCAGACGGACGCCCACAAGGCGGCUCUCCAGAGGCUUUUUGGCUGGCUCGCAUACUCCAAAAGCCGGCUGAGCCUGGGCGCCGCGACACGGCUGCUGACGCUGGGCUAUCCCAGUUCCGGCCUAGUCAUCGAACAGGAAGUUGGCGGGCAGCUGUCGAGAGUGCUCGACAUAGUGGAUCACUACGACCCAAGCGAAUACGACGACAGCGACAGCGACAGCGACGAUGCCUCGAGCAGCCACAGCGUGGCAGUCAGAAAGAUCAAGAGCUUCCUUGGCUUCCAGGAGCGGUCGUUUCGAGUAUACUUCCGCAAGGCCCUCGAGUCAACCGACAACGACAACCUCCGCUUUUCGGACCACGCCGCCCGCGUCAUGAUGUUUGAGAUGACGGCCGAGAUUCUGACCAUGGCUCAACCUGAUGGCGGAUACAGCGAUGCCGAGAACGAGCUGAUCUCGUACGCGUCGGCAUCAUUCCGUGGACACUUGCUCGGCUUGAAGGGGUUGAGCGCCGAGGAAGCCGGGCUGGCAACAACGCGCCUUCUCGCAGUGCUGCAGGACACCAACGGCGCCCUGAAAAAGCUGGAGGAGACCAGCGACCCGUACCGCGGCGAUCAGCCGUAUAGCGUCUUCGGGUCGACGAGAAAGGAGGUAGACGAGGCAUUUCGGGUUAUUGUGGAUCUGCUGGAGCUGACGUCGGUAGUGCCAUCCGUUCCGGCCCUUGGCGACCAGCAGCUUAGGCCCCUUCGAGAUGCCGAGCUGACCGUGAACCAGCUUGGAGAUCGCGCAGCUAUCCUGGGCCACACUGCCAAGAGACACAUCCAUAACUGGCUAUUUGAGGCCGACCUGCCGUCGACGGCCUACAGGUCUUUUCGGUUCGCCCACCAGGCCCUCUGCUACCUCCCAGGCGCCACCUCGAAUAUAAUGUUUGACCGGCUGGUCGCGAGCGAAGUUGUCGACGCUUUCCGCACGGAGCGGACAGAGCUGGCUGUCAAAGACAAACAUAUCACGCCAGCAUCAUUUUCAGCCGUCGCAGAUUGGGGCCACUCCGGCAAGACAGCAGAGGUCCACAAACGGAUCUCCCUAGCCCUGUUCUUCUACAAUUUCGUAGACGAGGCACUGCGCCAUGCCCGGCUGGGAUUUUCAAUCACCAAGUCGGAUCGACACAAAUUCGAGCUGAGCUAUAGGAUCGCCCGAUCAAAGUUUGCCAUGUGGGAGGCUGCCUUCAAGCCGAGGAGCAAGACCUUCAGCCGACUAAUCGAGGCCGAAGCGAAUUACCCAUUGGAGAAGGUCGAGGACGUCGAAGUCCAUGCGGGCGAGGUGGACAAGAGCAACGGCCUCGAAAUGGCGACGGCAGGCGCUGCCGCGGCGGACGUCGUGAAGGCACUGGAAACGUGUUUGGCGUAUUGGGCUAACGGGCUUGGAUCCGAUGAGGGUCUGGGUCUAAUGUAUAACAUCGCGUACCAGAUGAAGGCGAGGCUCGAGGUGACCCUGAAGGGCCGGGAAGGCGAGGCCAUCGAGAGCAUGGAACACGCCGAGGCAAUGAAGACGCCGGGCUCCAGGAUCCGCUUCUUUGAUGAACUCAUCGAGGCACUGGGAGAGGGCGAGAUGUGGGGCCACAUUGUCAACCUGCUGAGAAAAUUGAAGAAGGACAAUCCGCUCAACGGGAAUAGGUGGGAUAUGACGUAUCGGGCGAUCCACAGGGCGGCAAAAGAGGGAGAGCCCGAGGACCGGGCGAUGGUCCAGGAGCUGUACCUAGAUGCCAUUCCAGCCUUUUUGGAAGGGGCGGGAUCCGAGGCUCUAGAGACGAUGCUGUGGUCUGCCAGGUUCCACUACCGCGUCCUCAACGACGCAGCCACGGCCAAGGAGCAGCUCUCGAGCAUCCUCGAGGUUCGCCACUCGGGCCUGGCCUGGUCCGCCAGCGCCAGCAGGGCGCUUGCCAACAUCUUGACCGAAGAGUUCCGCAUAUCUAGCGACCCCGACGCCAAGACCCGGGCCAUGGACGAUAUGAGGAGGCUGGUCGACAAGGCUGAGAAGCGGCACGCGGGCUCGGCCAAGACGGAGCAGGGGCACACACGCAUCCCCCUGGCUAUCAUGCGCCGGAAGAUGGGGCCAGCCAAGGCAUUCUACGACGAGAUGAACACCAUAUUCAACGGCUGCAUCGAAGCGCUGCGCGACAAUCGGUCGGAUAACGACAACUACAGCUUUCGCAUGCUCGCCAAGACGCUCGCUCUCGUGCCCGGCCUGGAGACGCAGGCCCGGGUUGCGCUCUCGUGUCAGUUCUCCAUCGCAAACAGAAAGCUGUAUGACAGAGAAAUGGAGGAGAGCAAGCAGAGGCGUAGGGACGACAAAGGGGCUGAUGGUAGCAACGCAGGAGGCCCACCUCGCUCAGAGCCGUACGAGCCGUACGUGAAUGACCGCGUAGCGAGCCACGAACCACACAUCAGCCACGGCUCUUUUGCAUCUAGAGCCACGUUGGCGGACCGGGAGGGCAGGAGCCAACGCUUCGGUUCCCAGGCUCAUGGAGAUGCGGCCAGUCCUCCAUACGAAAAGCAGCCACACCAGUACCCACAGUACGAGCGGUCACAGUUAUAUGCGGACGAGCACGAGUUGUCCGUGCUCAAGGGCUCUCAUGUUGUCAAAAGCGAGCCAGAAGAGGGCGAGCAGCCCACGCCGCCGCUCUCUCGAGCGGCUACCAUGGGCCUUUACGGAGCGAUCAAGGGCAGCAAGGACAACAGCGACCAUGGCAUCGGGAAUAGCGCCGGCGGAAAUAGCGGGUACUGGAGCAUCACCUGUGCGGAUUGCCGGACCACGACGACCACGUUUGAGGACGCGGCCGGAAAGCACUGGUACCUGUGCUACUACUGCGCCGACACGGACCUGUGCGAGGCGUGCUACGACGCCCGGGAGAGACGACAUGGCGCUGAUACGCCCGGAACGAAGGAUAAGAUCGAGGCGUGCCCGCGCGGACACGGCCACGUCAAGGGCCCCGUGGAGGGGUGGAGGGGUGUCGACGACAACGGUGUAGUCAGAUAUGGCAAUGUCGAGAUCGAGGUGCAGGACUGGCUGACAGGGCUGGGGAAGGAGUGGAAACAAUGCUGGGACGAAUAUUGGCUGUGA